GACACAAAAACUUAACAUAAAUGUCAUCCUAUUCAUGCCACAUAUCGUGGCACAAAAGUCCAUAUUAUUCAUCAUUUCUCUCACAGAGUAAUAUGGACGUGGAUAUAGCAUCAUCGUCAACGCCAACCAUGCGUUCGGCAGUUUCCGCCCCUCGCUCUGAAGCUGGCCCAAUAGCAGCACCCCGGACCAACACUGCACCGGCAGCGCCUCGAACUACGACAGGCUCCACCGCGACAACGGCUCCGCGUCAAAGCACGCCAGCAGUACCAGCGGAUCUGCAACCAAUUCGUUGUCCACUAUGCCGCCGCCCUCAUCGGCUAUCGCACUGCGGUAUAUUCAAAGGCAUGCCGCCGAUGCAACGCCAGCAGGUGGCACAGACGCACGGGUAUUGCCUGAAUUGUCUGGCAACUUCCCACGCAACUCAAGAGUGUCCAUCACAGAAUCGUUGCCAAAUCUGUGUGCGGGCUCAUCAUACGCUGUUGCACCGCGCUACCAGACGCUACUCCGGGCGACCACCGGCUCCUCGCACCAGCGGUAAUGUCAGGCGUUCUCAAAGAACUCCUGUGACGGCUUACCGUCGGCGUGGACACACUCAAGUAGAAUCUCGUCCCUGGCGCCAAAACCGGAAAACAUCAACACGGCGCCAUCCGCUUAGGCCGCAGUCCCGGCGGUCAACAGGCCUCAGCAGCGUUGUAGCUACGCUACAGCAGCUACAGCGGCUUCUUGGCUAAAUACUCGCCUAGGGGGGCCGGGAUGGCUAAAUGAGUAGCGACGUCGCAUCACAUCAGCAUCAAUUUAUCACACCGAAUCGACUAUUCACCUCAUCACGCGAGAGAACACCACACAUUAACACACAUACACGCACAUGCACCCAAACGCGAUGACUUACUGCAAUCUAAUUAGAACAAAAGGAAUUGAGAAAGCAGCUCGCGCACUCUUCGUUGAUAUGACGUCGACCAAGCAGCAUCGCUUUUCGCAGCCUCGCAGUAUCCCGGUUCCCGUUCGCUAGUUUAUAGUGCCUGUUU